UGACGUUACCAACGUCAACACCGACUUUGACAACUGUCAAAAGUAAAUUCAAUGUUUUUGUCGCCUUUUCUGUGGUCAUCAAUAAUUUGAGGAGGUUUCCCAAGUGGUUUUGUAGCCGGCAAGGGAGCUUUUCAGACGCACACGAUGGAAGAACCCCUUGGGGCAUCGGAUGAAACACGACUAGGUAAAAUUGUAUUCUCGGAUGAAGUGCAAAAUGCAAUUGAACAGGUCCUUCAAAGCACCGAUCCUCUGGACAGUUCCGACUUCAAUUCCAUCGACUACAUCAAUCAGAUGUUCCCCAACGAGCAGUCAUUGUCGAAUAUCGACGACGUGAUCUCCAAGAUGGAAUGCGAAGUGAGCGUAAUUGAUGACAAUAUUCGUAGCGUAAUACGCGGCCAGACGAACACUAGCCAGGACGGAAGAAUUGCCCUGGAAGGGGCGCAGAAGGUGAUCAAUCAACUUUUUGCACAAAUCACGGAAAUCAAAACCCGCGCCGAGAAAACAGAGGACAUGGUCAAGGAGAUCACCCGCGACAUCAAACAGCUGGACUCGGCCAAGAGGAACCUGACGACCGCGAUCACGGCCCUGAAUCAUUUGCACAUGCUGGUGGGCGGCAUCGACAGCCUCACAAAACUGAUCGAGAAGCGUUUGUAUGGGGAAAUCCUCAACCCGUUGCAAGCAAUCACGGAAGUCAACCAGCACUUUCAGCAAUACAUCGACAUUCCCCAGAUUAGAAAUCUCUCGGACAAGGUGCACCAAAUUCAGCAACAACUCGCCGGGCAGAUAACCGAGGAUUUCCACAAUACCUUCUCGCCGUCCUCGACUGGAAGUGCGAAAAUGUCGUUGGCGCAACUCACAGAUGCGUGCAAGGUUGUGUCUGUACUCGAUCCCAAAGUGCGCCGCGACCUUCUUAAGUGGUUCAUAGCUUUACAAUUGGAGGAGUACGUUCAGUUGUUCCAUGAGAAUCAGGACAUUGCCUGGCUCGAUAAAAUCGACAAGCGUUACGCUUGGCUCAAACGCCACCUGCUGGACUUUGAAGAGAAGUUUGGUCGCAUCUUUCCGGUCGAUUGGGAAGUUUCCGAGCGCGUUACUGUUCAAUUUUGCAUUUUAACGCGCGAUGAACUGACCAAGAUUAUGGCCCGGAGACGUAACGAGAUCGACGUGAAAUUGCUUUUGUUUGCUAUUUCCAAAACACAAGCAUUCGAACAGCUGUUGGCCAAACGAUUUACCGGUGUCACAUUAAACUCCGGUGGUAGAAGCACAUUUGAAACGAAGCAAAUGGCUAGCGCGGACGAAUCAAGGGACGAUGUCUCCGCGCCCCAAAGCUUAAACGAGGGAGUCACCAGCGAGGAAAAACGCUCUGACUUUAUGGACCUAAUUGGCGUCUGCUUCAAGACACAUUUAGAUAUCUACACGGAGAGCAUAGACCGCAAUCUGUCCGAGUUGAUUGAAAGAUUUGUUCAAGCUAGCAAGCAACCAUUCAAUCCACUGGAAGCCAAAUCUACCGUCUUUCCAAGCUGUGCGGAUCUCUUCGUUUUCUACAAGAAGUGCAUGGUACAGUGCACACAGCUUAGCAACGGGAAGCCUCUACACGAUUUGGCCAUGAUAUUCAAGAAGUACUUAAGGGAGUAUGCUGUCAAAGUUCUCGAGGCUAGCAUACCGAAGAUAACUACAGUGCAAUCGAGUAUUGGCACCAGUAUGUCUUUAUUAACCCGCGAAAAUCUGCAAAAUCUAUCGAAUGCAGCCGGCCAAGUGAUCCACAACUUUCUCAAAGAAGGGGAAACCCCACGUUUCACAAAAGACGAGCUCAUUAAAAUAUGCUGCAUUCUUACUUCGGCCGAAUAUUGCUUGGAGACUGUACAGCAGCUAGAGGACAAAUUAGCCGAAAAAAUUGAUGCCAGUUUUGCUGAUAAAAUCGAUUUAUCCGAGGAAAAGGAUGUUUUCCACAAAAUCAUCUCGAAUUGUAUUCAAUUGCUAGUCCAGGACCUAGAAAAUGGUUGUGAACCGGCACUUCAUGUGAUCAACAAGAUCCAAUGGCAAACCAUCAACAAUGUCGGCGAUCAGAGCUCCUUUGUAAAUUCAAUAAUCUCACACUUUAAACACACCGUGCCUAUAAUCCGUGACAAUCUAUCCGCAUCGCGAAAAUACUAUACGCAGUUUUGCUUGAAGUUUGUCAACUCCUUCAUUCCAAAAUAUAUUAACACUCUCUUCAAGUGUCGACUAACAAAUGCCUCGUCCGAUAAUACGCACAAUAUUUUAGGCUGCGAACAAUUACUGCUCGAUACGCACAGUUUAAAAACAGUUCUCCUUGAUUUGCCCUCGAUUGCAUCCACAGUGAAUAGAAAGGCGCCCACCAGCUAUACAAAAGUUGUCGUCAAAGGGAUGACUAGAGCUGAAAUGAUCAUCAAAGUCGUCAUGGCUCCGAUAAAUCCGGCAAUGACAUUCAUUGAGCAGGUUCUCAAGCUACUACCAGACAUUCCGCUGAUUGAUUAUCAAAAAAUCCUCGACAUGAAGGGAUUGAAGCGUAUAGAUCAAAUUCAGCUAGUGGAGCUAUUUAAAAGUGCAACAAUGUCCUCUAUAACCAGCGGACCGAGUAGAGACGGGGGCGGUGGGGGAGGAGGUGGGACAAAUGCUCCGGGCGGCGUAGGAGGAUCAUCAAGGGAUCAUGGCCGCAAAAGCAUCGGUUCUACAGGUGGUGAUAAUGAUGUGGAAUCUUCAAAUGCAGGAUCGGAUCGAGGACGAAUUAAGAAGCUGGAGAAUCUGAUUAAGAAGCGGCUUCCGAGCUAAACAGACAAGAAAGAUGCCUAUGAAAUCUUAAAUAUCAACGUAGUCCAAGAUUGUGUUUAUUCUCUUCAGUUAUUUAUUAUUCACAAAUAAUAAACUCGUUUAAUUUUAUUUAAUUCGAAA